GGCCCCGGCCCCGCAGCGCGUUCCCGGGAUGUCGGCGCCCGUGCGGGGCGCGCGGUCCGUCACGCACCUGCUGUUCGACAUGGACGGCCUCCUGCUGGACACGGAGCAGCUGUACUCCACCGUCUUCCAGGACAUCUGCGGGCGCCACGGGAAGACGUACUCGUGGGACGUCAAGUCCCUGGUGAUGGGCAAGAAGGCCCCGGAGGCCGCGCAGGUCAUCGUGGACACGCUACAGCUGCCCAUGACCGCCCAGGAGCUGCUGGACGAGAGUCAGGAGAAGCUCAAGGACGUCUUCCCCACCGCCGAGCUCAUGCCAGGGGCCGAUCGGCUGAUCCGCCACCUCCACAAACACCGGGUGCCCAUCGCCGUGGCCACCAGUUCGGGUGCCACUUCCUUCGAGCUGAAGACACGCCGCCACGGCCCCUUCUUCGGCCUCUUCCACCACGUGGUGCUGGGUGACGACCCCGAGGUGCGCAGCGGCAAGCCACACCCCGACAUCUUCCUCGCCUGCGCCGGGAGGUUCUCGCCGCCCGCGCCCGCCGACAAGUGCCUGGUGUUCGAGGACGCACCCAACGGCGUGGCGGCGGCCACGGCAGCAGGGAUGCAGGCGGUGAUGGUGCCCGACGCCCACCUGAGCCGCGAGCUGACCGGCCAGGCCACCCUGGUGCUGGGCUCCCUGCACGACUUCCGGCCCGAGCUCUUCGGCCUGCCGCCCUUCGACUGAGCUGGGCUCCCCCUACACACACAC